AUGGGGGGCGACCCGGUGCGGGAGCAGCGCGGGCGGUGGGCGCGGGGGCGGGCCCGGGCGGAGGCGGCGCUGCGGGACAGCGAGGAGGCACACCUGGCGCAGGUGCAGCCCGUGGCCCAGUACUUCGUGGCGCUGCUGGAGGCCAAAGGGACGCUGGAGCCCGGCGCCAGGGAAGCCAUCUUCGGACACUGGGGGGCGCUCUGCGGCAUCAGCAGGGCUCUGCUGAGCUACCUGGAGAAGGGCCUCCUUGGACCGGGGCUGGAGGCCUUCUGUGCCCAGAUAGGGGUCUUCCUCCGUUACGCUGAGGACCUGCCUCGGGCCAGAGAGACCCUGGAGAGACAGGUGAGGAAGAACAAGGCCUUCUCUCGUUUCAAGAGGCUCCAGGAGACCCGCCCGGAGUUUGGGGGUGCCUGCCUGGAAGACCUGCUCCUGUUGCCCCUCCGGAGGCUCCGUCAGUAUAAGCCUUUGCUGCUGGAUCUGGUGGAGAACACCCCCCUGGAUAUUCCGGAUGCUGAGCAGCUGAGAGCUGCGCUCAAGUCCGUGGGUGAGGCUCUUCACCAGAUCCAGGAGAUUGAUCGCUUCCACGAAAACGUGGACCACCUGAGUCGGAUCCAGAAGCUGCUCAAAGGGCGGAAGACGCAGGUGAUGCAACCAGGGCGCUGGUUCUUGCUGGAGGGCUGGCUGAUGGUGGCACCCCCUAAAGGAGAGGGGCUGCGGCCUCGGAUGUUCUUCCUCUUCUCGGACGUCCUGCUGAUGGCCAAGCCUUGCCACCCGCUUCACCCCUGGAAUGCGCACAAGGUGGCUGUCAAGGAGGUCUUCUGGCUCCAUCCGCAGUGCUCAGUCGCCAAGGUCUUCGGCCACACCCGGGGCCACGGGGGGCUCCUCAGCCUGUCCUUCCCGCACAAGACGUUGCUGCUGGUGUGCUAUGACCAAGAGGACUUGGACACGUGGCAUCGGAAUCUCACGGCUGCUAUCAGGAAGCUGCAGCCCAGCAUCACACGAGGCCACUGAACUGGAUGCGGAGAGACCCACAGGGAGACCUUGCGUGAACCACCCAUGCUACUUUGGUCUAUGUGGAUAUCGGACUGUGACAGCCAAGCCAAGGCCAUCCCUUGGCCUCCUGACUCUCAUGAAGAACAUGAGGGACAUCCACCAUGUCUUUGCUGCCUAUCUGCUGAAUCCAGACUCACACCAAGGGUCAAAAUCUGGUCCUUGCUUAUCCAUCGGCACAUGCAACUGGGGGACCCACCUGUGAACUUGGUCUGCUCGACGUCGUUCCUCUCAGCCCUUGUUCUGUGGCUUCCUUGGCUGUGUCUA